CGCCUGCCGUGCUGCUGUCAUGGCGGCCGUGCGAUCGGGGUGGAGUACUGUCGCUGGUGAAAUCGUCGCGAGACGCGAUUGCUGUCGGGCGGGGAUGCAGCGGGGCCGCCGCGGCUAUGGCGGCCACUAAACAAGCACUGCCAUGGGCUCGGCGAUGGGCAAGGGCGCCGCCUCGCUGCUGGACAGCCUGCCGCCCAACCAGUCGCUUCACGUCGUGAUGCUGGGCCUCGACUCCGCGGGCAAGACCACCGCUCUGUACAGGCUGAAGUUCGACCAGUAUCUCAACACGGUGCCCACGAUCGGCUUCAACUGCGAGAAGAUCAAGGGGACUUCGGGACGCGCCAAGGGCACCAGCUUCCUCAUCUGGGACGUGGGAGGUCAGGACAAACUGCGCCCGCUCUGGCGCUCCUACACCCGCUGUACCGACGGCGUCGUGUUCGUGCUCGACUCGGUCGACGAGGAGCGCAUGGAAGAAGCACGCCUCGAGCUGCAGCGCGUGGCGCGCGAGAACCCGGGCGUGCCUCUCCUAGUGCUAGCCAACAAGCAGGACCUGCCCGGUGCCAAGGAGCCGCGCGUCAUCGAGCGAUUGCUCGGCCUGCACGAACUGUCAGCCAGUCACCUGUGGCACGUACAGCCGGCCUGCGCCAUCAUCGGCGAAGGACUGGACGACGGCCUCGAGCGACUCUACGACAUGAUCGUGCGUCGACGGCGCCUUGCCAAGCAGGCAAAGCGCAAGCCGCGGUCCUAAAAAAAAAAUUGAGCCCUGUGGACUCGCCGAGGUUGAAUGUGCGUGUGUGUGUGUGUCUAUUUUACAGCCUCCGCUGCUGCUGCCCUCCAGUGACGCUGUGUACUGUUGUGUGCAUGCCGCAGCGGUGCGGCCUCGCUUGAUCCGUCGUUAAUAUUUACCUCGCAGGGUGGCGCCACCCGACCAGAGUGCGCAUAGCGACGGCAGGCUUGCCCGACAAAGAAAAAAAGAACAAGAAAGACGCCGCGUCCCGUCACCGUGCUCUAGUUUUUUUGUCUUCGUGAUGGUGUGCGCGCGUUCCAAAAGUGUUCCUGUUUCUUCUAUUGUUUUUGUUCUCCCCUCCCGACCCCGUGGUAGUAGUCAUGUUCAUCGUUUCCCGGGGCGGGCGACGAGCUUUUACCGCUGCCGGUCGGCGAUCGCUGCUCGAAUUCGACGCGUGUGUAUGUGUUGUACGCACAAUUAACGCCACGCCGCCGCAAUAAAGAAAAACGAAAAAGAAA